AUGGAUGCGGCGCUUGCAUCGCUGCGCAGCGCUAUGGAGAGCCUGCUGGAAGAGAAGCUGCAAGCGGCCCUGACUGAGGUGGCAGCUUUGCGUGCUGAGACGGCUCGGCUGAAAGCGGAGCAGCAGGCGCUUGCCAAGGAGAGCGGAAAGCUGCGAGAGGAGACCGAGAGCCUGCGGGGCGAGCUGAAGGAAUUGCGGCUGGGCCGGCUAAGCGACCCGGAGGCGGCCAGCACGGCCCCACCGGGGUCCCCCGCUCGUCGGGCAGAGAGUCCAGGGAGUCCAGCCUCAGCCUCUUCACCUGGAGCAGAUGGGAAAGCAGCCGUGGAGCGGGUGCCGCUGUCACUUCGGAAAGCCUGGUACCUGGCCGCCCUGGAGCGGGUCCUGGUCCUCGAGCUCGCGGAUGAAACCCAGGUCACGGAAAACAACAAGCCGAUCAAGUUGGAGGAGCAGGAGGAGGGCUUGGAGGCCAACGCCGGCAACGAGACGGAGGACCUCUGGGCGAAUUGGAAGCCCGGCAGCCGCCGUGAUGGCCGAGACCGCGCACGUUGGGAGUGGGAGGAGGAGCUUGUGAAGAAAGCCGUGCAAAUCAAAGCCACGAGCGUGGUGCAUCUGCGAGCGGAGCCGGCAAAAGAUGCCCGCAAGAACGGCAGCAAACUCCAAGAAGGCGAACUCGCGUGGAGCGAUGCGCAAGUGAACGUGGAGGGCGUGAUGUUCUAUCGGGUCCAAUCCGGCUGGGCGCCGCUGCUGCGCCAGAAGGGCCAGAACAUCCUCGAAGAGGUUGCCUGGGAUUCCGACUGGAGCAGGCAGACAUGGGACUGGAAGGGUGAAGCUGGCCAUGGCUGUUACGGCUACGGCGGCUACGGCCCUCAGAAGCAGUCGGGGUGGAAGGAUGGAGACCGCUACGGCGGCGCGGGCCGGGCGGGCCGGGCAUGGGGCAACUGGCGCGGCGGCUGA